AGGAUUUCCUGUUCUGCAGCCGCUGUGCCGGGCUGCAGAUGCCGGCAGGAUUCCUUCCAGCGCUCCAAAACCAUGUGGGAGUUUGGAGGGGAGCCGCUGGAGCCGGGAGCGCUGCAAGGAGCCGUCGCAAAGCAAAACCGAGGGCUCGCUGCUCCUGCAGCCUAGCAUGGAUGCCAGCCCCGUGCAGGAUGGGAGCUGCGGGGAGGAAGCCUCCGUCCGCCUGAACCCACUGGUGAGCGCAGAGUCUGGGUUGCGAUGGAGAGCAACGUGUCCUCGGGGAACUGCAGCCAGCCCCAGAUGUCCUUCCAGAGCACGCUGUACGCAGCCACCUACACCAUCAUCUUCAUCCCUGGCCUGCUGGCCAACAGCGCUGCCCUCUGGGUGCUGUGCCGCUUCAUCAGCAAGAAGAGCAAGGCUGUCAUCUUCAUGAUCAACCUGGCCGUGGCCGACCUGGCACACGUCCUCUCACUGCCGCUGCGGAUGUAUUACUACAUAAACCACACGUGGCCCUUUGGGACCUUCCUCUGCCAGCUGUGCUUCUACCUGAAGUACCUCAACAUGUACGCCAGCAUCUGCUUUCUCACCUGCAUCAGCAUCCAGCGGUACCUCUUCCUCCUUCAUCCCUUCAAGGCCACGGCCUGGAAGCGUCGCUACGACGUGGGGCUCAGCGCGGCAGUCUGGCUCUUUGUGGGUGCUGCCUGCCUGCCUCUCCCCAUUGUCAGGAGCCCGGCCCUAUCCAACAGCACCACCACCUGCUUCUCCGACCUGGCCGUCAAGCAGCUGACGCCAGGAGCCUCCAUCGCUCUGGUGACGGUGGCGGAGCUCUUUGGGUUCGUCAUCCCCUUUGGCAUCAUCGCGUGGUGCACCUGGAAGAUGCGGCAGUCGCUUCAGGAGGGCGGGACACAGCUGCAGAGCACCAGCGAGAAGCAGAAGGCACUAAGGAUGGUGCUGAUGUGUGCCGCCGUCUUCUUCAUCUGCUUCACCCCCUACCACAUCAACUUCCCCUUCUUCAUGAUGGUGAUCGAGAACAUCAUCAAGGACUGCACCGUGCACAGCAACACGCUCCGCUUCCAUCCCAUCUCCCUCUGCCUGGCCAGCCUCAACUGCUGCCUGGAUCCGGUCCUCUACUACUUCAUGACCUCCGAGUUCCAGGACCAGCUGCUCCGGCAUGGCUGUGCUGCCCUAUGGGCUCGCCUCGCCCGCAGCCGACGCAGCCUCACCAUGAGCAAUGUCGGCCACAACAUCCGCACCAAGCGGAGAAACCUGCCAAGGUUUCAGUUUUGGUCCCUCCCCAAGUUCUUUGGGAGGAUAAACAGCAUGGAAAUCCCCCCGAUGCAGCCCGACGAGCUCCUCUUGGAGUCCAUCUCUUGAAAACGAGGCAUUCCUCUCCACCUUGGCAUUCCCAUUGCUUGAGUGAAGAUUGUGUUACGUCUCCAAGCGCACAUUAAUACGUGUUGGUCUUCAAAUACGUGUUAGUACGUGUUGAAUUACCCUCAUGUGUGACAGGUGUAGGGAUCAGACCUGGGAGGACAUUCUGGUCAAGGAAGGUUUGAUGCUGCUGUUGGGGACAGUUUGCCUUACAGCAUUUUCCUUCGUGUCACAGCCACCACCAAUGUCAGUGUUUCUCCCAUGCUGGACUGUGAGGGCCUUCCUCCCCUGCCGUUGUUGUUUCAGUGUUUUACCUAUUUAUCAGCUACAGAAGCCCUCCUGCUGCAGCCUGGCUGUCCACACACUGGGGUCAGGACACUCAGUGAGCCUCAUGCAAAUCAAACCUCUCCAAUAGGAAAACCCAUAAUCUGGGUAAAACCCAGACAAGUCGGGACCUCAGGGCUGCAGUGGGAGGAUGAGGGGCUGGCAGCGCUGUUCUUCCUGCCAUCACUAGAGCCCUGUGCUACCCAGCACUUUGCUCAAGCCUCUGCUCAUCAAUGCAGAUGCUAUGCAACCCCUCAUUUUUGCUUCAUAACCCAGAAACGGUCCCAGCCUUCGCUGGGGACCAAGAGACAUUUACAAACCCCACCCGAGCACAUCCUAUGGACUUACUUCAAACUCGGGGGGAAAUAAAAUGUUCUCAACAAA